GUCAGCGCCGGCCCGACGACGCGAAGCGAGGCGACCCCCGUGCGGCCAUGGCCUCGCUGCUAGGAACUUACCCGUGGCCCGAGGGCCUCGAGUGCCCUGCCCUGGAAGCCGAGCUGUCGGACGGGCUGUCGCCGCCGGCCGCCCCCCGCCCGCCGGGGGACAAGGGCUCGGAGAGCCGUAUCCGGCGGCCCAUGAACGCCUUCAUGGUGUGGGCCAAGGACGAGAGGAAACGUCUGGCGGUGCAGAACCCGGACCUGCACAACGCCGAGCUCAGCAAGAUGCUGGGAAAGUCGUGGAAGGCGCUGACGCUGUCCCAGAAGAGGCCCUACGUGGACGAGGCGGAGCGGCUGCGGCUGCAGCACAUGCAGGACUACCCCAACUACAAGUACCGGCCACGCAGGAAGAAGCAGGCCAAGCGCCUGUGCAAGCGCGUGGACCCCGGCUUCCUGCUCAGCUCGCUCUCCCGCGACCAGAACUCCCUGCCCGAGAAGCGGGGCGGCGGCCGAGGGGCGCCGGGGGAGAAGGAGGACCGGGGUGAGUACUCUCCGGGCUCUGCGCUGCCCGGCCUGCGGGGCUGCUUCCACGACGGCCCGGCCGGCGGCAGCGGCGGCGGCGGGACCCCGGGCAGCGUGGACGCGUACCCCUACGGGCUGCCCACCCCGCCGGAGAUGUCACCCUUGGACGUGCUGGAGCCGGAGCAGACCUUCUUCUCCUCCCCAUGCCAGGAGGACCACGCGCACUCCCGCCGCAUCGCCCACCUGCCCGGGCCCCCCUACUCCCCGGAGUACGCCCCCACCCCCCUCCACUGCGGCCACCCCCUGGGCUCCCUGGCCCUCGGUCAGUCCUCGGGCGUCUCUAUGAUGUCCACCGUGCCUGGCUGCCCCCCGUCUCCGGCCUACUACUCCCAGGCCGCCUACCCGCCUCUCCGCUCCAACCUGCACGCCCACCUGGGCCAGCUCUCCCCGCCUCCCGAGCAUCCCGGCUUCGACGCCCUGGAUCAGCUGAGCCAGGUGGAACUCCUGGGGGACAUGGAUCGCAAUGAAUUCGACCAGUACUUGAACACUCCGGGCCACCCAGAGUCUGGGGCCCUCAGCGGGCAGGGCGCGGUGUCUCAGGUGACACCGGCGGGCCCCACAGAAACCAGCCUCAUUUCCGUGCUGGCUGACGCCACGGCCACGUACUACAACAGCUACAGCGUGUCAUAGAGCCCGGCGGCCCGUCCGGCCCGGCCUCGCCGCCGGCGGCCCC